UUAAUAAUCGUGUAGAGGUGUCUAAUAUAUUCUCUCUCUGUGUUUUACUCUUUCCUUUUUAACAUGUGUCCUAGUUUGACGUUGCCCAAACAAAAGAUGGCGGCACGGGCGCUGGGUCCUACCAUAGCGGCUCCGGCCUAGAGAAGCCCUAUUGGAGUAAAGUGGCUCAGUAUAGGAAGUUCGGGGCGGGGCCAGUGAUCGGGAGAUCUGCGUCUGCGCGAAGAUGGUGGAGGAGGAGAGUCUCCGCGUGGUUCGUUGCGGCGGCAGUGAGUUGAACUUUAGGAGAGCAGUGUUCUCUGCGGAUUCUAAGUAUAUCUUCUGUGUUUCUGGGGACUUUGUUAAAGUUUAUAGCACAGCUACAGAAGAAUGUGUACACAUAUUGCACGGACACAGCGAUCUCGUCACUGGACUACAGCUCAACCCCAGCAACCAUCUACAGCUGUAUUCUUGUUCCUUUGAUGGCACAAUUAAGCUGUGGGACUAUAUAGAUGGCAUUUUGAUAAAGACUUUCACAGUUGGACAUAAACUUCAUGCCCUCUUUACUCUUGCACACACCAAGGAUUCUGUCUUUGUAACAAUAAAUAAAGAAAAACCAGAUAUAUUUCAGCUGGUUUCAGUGAAGCUACCAAAAUCAUCAAGCCAGGAAAUAGAAGCCAAGGAGACAGCCUUUGUUUUGGAUUAUAUAAACCAGUCACCCAAGUGCAUUGCCUUUGGAAAUGAGGGAGAAUAUGUUGCAGCAGUACGGGACUUUUAUUUGUCUGUUUAUUUUUUCAAAAAGAAAACAACAUCAAGGUUUACUUUAUCAUCAUCAAGAAAUAGGAAACAUGCUAAGAACAAUUUUACAUGCGUUGCAUGCCACCCGAAGGAAGACUGCAUAGCAUCUGGUCACAAGGAUGGCAAAAUUCGUCUUUGGAGAAAUUUUGAUGAUGAUAAGAAAUACACAUACACGUGUUUACAUUGGCACCAUGAUAUGGUCAUGGAUUUGGCUUUUUCAGUAACAGGCACCAGUCUGCUGAGCGGCGGUCGUGAGUCUGUACUGGUAGAGUGGCGCGAUGCAACAGAGAAGAAUAAAGAGUUUCUCCCCCGUUUGGGAGCAACUAUUGAGCAUAUCUCAGUCUCACCUGCAGGGGACUUGUUCUGUACUUCUCACUCUGAUAAUAAAAUAAUAGUCAUUCACCGAAACCUUGAGGCUUCCGCAGUAAUUCAAGGCCUAGUGAAAGACAAGAAUAUCUUUACCGGUUUGAUAAUUGAUCCAAGAACUAGAGCUUUGGUUUUGAAUGGAAAACCUGGCCACCUGCAGUUUUAUUCUCUCCAGAGUGAUAAGCAGUUAUACAAUUUAGAUAUUGUACAGCAAGAAUACAUCAGUGAUAACGAUCUGAUCCAAAUUGAGCUAAGAAAGGCUGCAUUUGGCUGCCAAGGCCACUGGCUUGCAACGGUGGAACAACGGCAAGAAAAGGAAACUGAGCUUGAAUUGCAAAUGAAACUGUGGGCAUAUAAUAAGAAAACACAAGGGUUUGUUCUUAACACAAAAGUUAGCAUGCCACAUGAAGACCACAUCACAGCUCUCUGUUUCUGUAAUGCAGAAAAAUUUGAAAACCCCACCUUGGUUACAGCUAGUAAAGAUGGUCACUUCAAAGUGUGGAUAUUAACAGAUGAUUCUGAUAUAUACAAAAAAGCUGUUGGCUGGACCUGUGACUUUGUUGGUAGCUACCACAAAUACCAAGCAACUAACUGUUGUUUUUCUGAAGAUGGCUCUUUACUUGCAGUUAGUUUUGAGGAAAUAGUCACAAUAUGGGAUUCAGAGACAUGGGAGCUUAAGUGUACAUUUUGCCAACGAGCUGGGAAAAUAAGGUACCUUUGUUUUGGACGAUGGACGUGCUCUAAGUAUCUUCUUGGUGCUACGGAAAAUGACAUCCUUUGCUGUUGGAAUCUGCUCAGUUGUGCACUGGAAUGGAGUACAAAAUUGAAUGUUAGAGUUAUGGAGCCUGAUCCUAAUUCAGAGAAUAUUGCUGCCAUCUCUCAAUCUUCAGUGGGUUCAGAUUUGUUUGUAUUUAAACCUAGUGAGCCAAGGCCAUUGUAUAUUCAAAAGAAGAUCUCCAGAGAGGAAGUGCACUGGGGAGUGUUUGUUCCACGAGAUGUCCCGGAAUCAUUCACCUCAGAAGCUUACCAGUGGCUGAACAGAUCCCAGUUUUACUUCUUAACAAAAUCACAGAGUUUAUUGACAUUCAGUGCAAAGUCUCCAGAAGAGAAACUCACACCAACAAGCAAGCAGCUACUAGCAGAAGAAAGUCUUCCAACAACCCCAUUUUAUUUCAUAUUGGGAAGGCACAGGCAACAGCAGGAUGAAAAAUUAAAUGAUGCAUUGGGGAAUGAGUUGGUACAACUACCCUUAACAGAAAACAUACCUGCAAUUAGUGAGCUUCUUCACACUCCAGCCCAUGUACUGCCAUCCGCUUCUUUUCUAUGCUCGAUGUUUAUAAACUCAUUGUUGCUGUCUAAGGAGACUAAGAGUGCUGAAGAAAUUCCUGAUGAUGUAGAUAUGGAAGAAGAGAAAGGAAGUGAUGAUACAGAUGAAGAAAAUGAUUUUACUGAAAAGGCCCAGGAUACAAAUGACAUAGAUUUGGGAGAAGAUAUUAUACAUCAGUUGUCAAAAUCUGAAGAAAAAGAACUAAGGAAAUUAAGGAAAGUAGACUACAGCUGGGUAACUACCCUUUAAGCGUUGAUGAAGGGGGACGGUCUUGCACUUUGUUUUUUUAUUGUAUGUUGAUACUCCAGAAACAUCUAUUUUAAUGUUAUUUCUGUUCUUAAAAUAAAAUAUUAUUAGCAAGCUUGCUUUUAAAUAAUUGAUAAU